UAAUGUCCAGGUAUACUGUGUCUACCCAUCCACCUCUGUUUUCAUGUUCUGCAAUAACUCGAGUAGAAGCUUAAUAAGUUUGAUACACAUGACCGCGAGACAGUUUGUGAAGAGGAAAAUUAACCAAAAAUAUGCCCACUUGUGUUCAGAUAAGUUGCCGAUGUCCUGCUUACUGUUUGGCGAUGAUGUGUCUCAGUCUACCAGGCAGAUUGAGGAAUCGGAAAAGCUGAGGCAUAAACUAGCAGCCAAGAAAACCACCCCUGUCCCGUGGAGGUUCAUAAGUGGCAGGUCCAGAGGCUUCUCGGGGAGGACGACUCACAGGACCUACUCACCUAGGUCACAGCCCUACAGACUGCUCAGGGGCGUCAGGAGUGACCAGCGGCAAGAACAGCCUUAUCCAGACCAGGAGUCAAAAAACGCCAAGGGCCGGGGUCACUUCAGGCCCUGGCGUUAGCUGAGGUGCCUACAGAAGCUGCGGGCAGAAGGGGCGAGGGGGUGGAUGAUUGUUCCCAUGUGGAUGUCACAGCCAUGGAUGGGGACUUUGCUCGGCAUGUUGGUCGACCACCCCCGCCUCAUUGCAAUGAGGAGAGGUGUUCUCACACACCCGUCCUCCAAUGUGGAGCAUCUGGUCAUGCGUCACACCAGACUAUUGGGAUGCUUGCUGUCGGGGAGCAGGUCAGAGCACGAGGAGUAUCUGAAGAGGGUGUGGAUAUCAUCAUGGCCUCAUGGACAGCAGGUACAGAGAAGCAGUACCGACCGCAUUUCAGAAGAUGGUCGCAACUUUGUAGUAGGUGGAACAUUACUUCCAUUAAUCCCAAUGUCAGCAACAUAAUAAACUUCUUGUCUGAUACUUUUCACAUAAAUGCGAGGUAUGCUAUCUCUUCUUUAGGCAUCGUAGUGGAUGGUUGCAGGGCUGGUAACCACCCCUUGGUCAUCAGAUUUAUGAAGGGAGUAUUUAACCUGAGAUCACCCCUACCUAGGUAUGCUGCGACUUGGGACAUCCAGCCUGUUCUACGGCAGUUGCAAUCCAUGCACCUGUUGUACAUGUUGUCUCUUAAGGACUUGACUCUAAAAUUAGUUAUGUUGAUGGCACUGACACAGGCUGCGAGAGUACAGACUUUGCACUUAUUGACCAUUAAGGGUUUAUGCAUCGAACAGGAUUUCAUUAUGGUUCCCCUAAGUGGUAACAUCAAGCAAUGCAGGCCGCAGUUUAAUGUGUGUGUGAUAAAAUUUCAAACUUAUCCCAAGGAUGCAAGCUUGUGUGUGUAUGGAACUUUACGGCAGUAUCUCGCCAGAACACAGGAACUUAGACAAGGCAUGGGGCAGGAGUCUUAUAGUUUAUUUCUCAGCUUCAUCAAACCACACAAAGCAGUUACAAGAGACACCAUUGCUCGGUGGCUCAGGAAGAUGUUGGAUAGGUCAGGGGUAGAUACUACUACAUUUACGGCCGGUAGUGUUCGCGAGGCUGCAGCAUCCAAGGCCAAGGCUAUGGCGAAAGCAGGGUGGACAAGGGCAAGUACUUUUGCUAAAUUUUAUGAUAGGCAUGUGGGCACGACAGACCCAUUUCAUAAUGCUGUACAACAAUAAUAAUGAGUUUUUUGCAAAUUUUUCUAUGAACAUUGUGGAAUAUUUUUUGCUGAAGGAGGCAGACAGGAUGUAUUUUGGACUCCAGAGAAUUUAGGUUGGAUUUGUUAAAGUACUGAUUGGGUGGUUGGUAUGUCUGGGUGAUACAUUUGUUUUCAGGUUUAAUGUAACGUUUUGUAU